AUGGCAUUUGUUGGAUUCAAACUACCCUCUGCAAGAUUGAUUCGUUCAAAUGCAGGUCACAUUACAUAUGGUAUCGAUUCGUUGGAUGAAAUGAUUGAAUUCCUAAACUAUUUAAUGUCAUUACGAAAUAAUAUAUCAGUUCCUACUCUUAAUAUUAUCAAUGACAACAAUAAUAAUAACAAUGACAAUAAUAACAAUAACGACAUCCAAUCCAAUCACAGUGGACAUUGUAUUACUGAUUGGGAAAUUCAAUUUAGUACUUUGGAUGAUGUCAUGUUCCAAUUUAUGAAAUAA